AUGGGAAAAGAAGACGACCGGUUUAGACCGGCUCAAGAAGGCGACCUCGAGCCGCUUUUUACGACCAGGAGGAGAACCGGAGGACAGGUUGCGUUUCGGGUUUACGCAGCCUCGGUUUUCGGGUGCCUCUGUUGUAUUUGGUUCUACAGAGUGACCGUACCGUUUGAGAUUGUUGAGAACCGGACCGGUUUCUUUCGAUUUAUCUGGUUGGUUAUGCUAAGUUUAGAGAUUUGGUUCGGUUUGUAUUGGUUACUCGUACAGUCUCUCCGUUGGAAUCCGGUUUCGCGAUCCACCUUCACCGAUAGACUCUACCGGAGAUACGGUAACGAUCUCCCAAGGCUCGACGUUUUCGUUUGCACGGCAGAUCCGGUGAUUGAGUCGCCGUUGAUGGUUGUCAACACGUUCUUAUCUGUGAUGGCCCUGGACUACCCUCCUGAGAAACUCGCCGUGUAUCUCUCAGACGACGGUGGAUCUGAGCUCACGUUUUAUGCUCUCGCGGAGGCAGCUGAGUUUUCUAGAACUUGGGUUCCGUUCUGUAAGAGAUUCGACGUGGAGCCAAGAUCUCCAAGAGCUUACUUUUCUUCCAAGUCAAAUGGUCUUGUAUCUGCUGCUGCGGCAGAGGUGGCUGAGUUGUAUCGAGAGAUGGCGGAUAGGAUUGAAACGGAAACGAAACUGCGGCGAGUACCGGAGGAGGCGCGGUUGAAGUACAGUGAAGGGUUUUCGCAGUGGGAUUCAGAUGCCACUCAGAGAAACCACGCAACCAUUCUUCAAAUUUUGAUAGAUGGGCAAAGAGAGAACACAACGUUGGUGUACCUAUCGAGGGAGAAGAGACCUGAGCAUCAUCAUCACUUCAAGGCUGGAUCCAUGAAUGCAUUGUUAAGGGUGUCUUCGAAGAUCACCUGUGGAAGAAUCAUACUAAACGUGGACUGUGAUAUGUACUCAAACAACCCAAAGUCAGCACUCGAAGCACUCUGCAUCCUACUUGAUGAGAAAGAAGGAAGAGAGAUUGCUUUCGUGCAAUACCCACAGUCUUAUGAAAAUAUUACAAGGAAUGAUUUGUAUGGAAGCAUGAUGCGAGUACUAGCGGAUGUGGAGUUUAAGGGAUUGGAUGGAAAUGGAGGACCGAUAUACGUUGGGACAGGCUGUUUUCACAGAAGAGAUGCUAUCUGUGGAAGAAAAUAUGGAGAUGAAGACGAGAAGUCUGAUGAAAUUGUAGAGCCUGAGAUGAUCAAGACUCUUGCGAGGUGCACAUAUGAAAAAGGCUCUCAAUGGGGAAAGGAUAUGGGUGUGAUAUACGGAUGCUCGGUGGAGAAUGUACUUACCGGUUUAGCCAUUCAAUGCCGCGGAUGGAAGUCGGCGUAUCUGACUCCUAAAAAGAAAGCUUUUGUAGGGGUAGCCCCAACCAAUUUGCAUCAAAAGUUAGUGCAGCAGAGGAGAUGGUCAGAGGGAGACUUUCAGAUUCUGCUUUCUGAGUAUAGUCCGGUUUGGUAUGCUCAAGGGAAGAUCGGUUUAGGAUUGAUUCUUGGUUAUUGUUGCUAUUGUCUCUGGGCUCCAAGUUCAGUACCUCUUCUUGUUUACUCUGUUUUG